AUGGUUGCGGCUCGAGCUCCCGGGCCAUUGGAUGUCUUUGCAAUAGGCCGUCCGGGGCGUCAUUGGGCCUUUGCUGUCAUCCUUGCACGGGUUGUGAGAGUUCGCCGGGUCACCGGAUUCUGGAACAGGCCACUCGCGGGUCUCUUCGGCCUAAAUGUCUCAUGGAAGCUGCCGGACGUGGCCCAUCCUGCUUCUGAAGAGGGCUCGCCAGCCGAAUUGGAGCGCAGCACGAGCCCAUUUGUGGAAGGGCCCCUGCCCGGCAUCGGUUCCUAG